AAAAACCAAAGCAACAGUCAUAGAAAAUUCCUCCGUACUGAAAAACCCAGUUUCUUUUUGUGCAAAGAAUUAGUCAUGUCAUCUAGUAUCCAAUUUUCCCAACAAACGCUUGCAGUUUCCCGGAAAAAUUUAGCUCCUGAGAGGAAGAUUUGCAACCCUUUUGUGGUAGUUUGUAGGGCUUCAGUUGCUGACACCCAAACUUUGCCUAAGAAUUCCAGCACUUCUUCCCUCAAAAAACCAUUGAUGAUCACAAAGAACUUACCCCAUGAUAUUCAUGAUGAAAGGAAAGUGAUUAGUAUGGGAAAAUCCGGAAGGUUUGGUGGGAAGUUUGUGCCUGAAAUAUUAAUGACUUGUUUAACCCAACUUGAAGCUGAAUUCAACUUGGCUCUGCAUGAUUCUCAGUUUCAGGAAGAGCUGAGGACGGCACUAAGAGACUACAUUGGAAGGGAGACGCCGCUGUAUUUCGCCAAGCGGCUAACGGAUUAUUACAAGGACAAAAAUGGAGGAGAAGGGCCGGAAAUUUAUCUAAAGAGGGAGGACCUCAGCCACCUAGGUGCACACAAGAUCAACAACGCUAUUGCACAGGCCAUGAUUGCCAAACGUAUGGGACUGAAAUCUGUGGUGGCAGCCACCGGUGCUGGACAGCACGGUGUCGCAGCAGCUGCUGCGUGCGCUAAACUUUCCCUGGAGUGCACUGUCUUCAUGGGCAAGGAAGACAUGGAAAAGCAGGCAUCUAACGUACUCUCAAUGAAGCUGUUGGGCGCUCAGGUGAAGCCUGUUGAGGGAACUUUCAAGGAUGCAAGCUCAGAGGCCAUCAGGAACUGGGUAGGGAACUUGGAAACCACCUAUUACCUGAUGGGCACGGUGGUGGGGCCUCAUCCAUGUCCGAUGAUGGUUCGGGAGUUCCAAUCGGUGAUCGGAAAGGAAACAAGGCGACAGGCAAUGGAGAAAUGGGGCGGGAAGCCGGAUGUUCUGGUGGCCUGUGUGGGGAGUGGUUCCAAUGCAUUAGGUCUAUUCCAUGAGUUCAUUGGAGACCACGAUGUGCGGCUGAUUGGCAUCGAGGCUGCCGGAUUCGGCCUAGACAGCGGCCGGCACUCUGCCACUCUGUCCAGGGGUGAGGUUGGUGUCUACCAUGGAACCAUGAGUUAUUUACUGCAAGAUGAGGAAGGACAGAUACUUGCACCACACUCUAUUGGCGUGGGGCUAGAAUACCCAGGAGUUGGUCCUGAAGUAAGUUUUCUGAAGGAAACAGGGCGAGCAGAGUUCCACAGUGCCAUGGAUGAAGAAGCUAUAGAUGCGUGUCAAAGACUAAGCAGAUUGGAAGGCAUAAUUCCAGCCCUGGAGUCAUCUCAUGCACUAGCUUUUCUGGAGAAACUCUGCCCUACGUUAGCUAAUGGCACCAAGGUUGUAGUGAAUGUUAGUGGGAGAGGAGAUAAGGAUGCUGCAACAGUUCUUGAAUUAAUACAAACAUGAAAUACACUAACAGUCAAUCAGGAAGUAUAUGUGGACCAUAUGCUAGCUUAGCUCCUCUAUACCUAGUAAAUUUGGAAUAUAAUGCCUGCUUGAGCCCAAGACUUACUAGAUAACAUACAAUCAAGUCCUUCAAGUGUCCGCAAGAAAGGAUGAACCAGAGACAGAUCUUUAAUCUGAUCACAGAACUUGUUAAAUAAGUGCUGCACAAAUAAAAUAUGUAAAAUCAUCACAAGCUUAAGCUUUUGUACAAGAGUUUCUUAUUUUGUAAUCCAAACUGUAAUGGAAUGACAACCCCUAAUAUCAGAGAAGCUGGUCCGCAUUGAAUGGUAAGCGUUCUGCAGUCUAAUGUAGUCACAACAUGUUUUUGUUUGUAUAAUACUAACAGUGAGCACAACUUGCAUUUAUUAAAUUCCUGAACAUGCA